AAACACAGGUUGGCCGCCAUGGCUUUCUGAAAUUUCCAGAUAGUUUCAUUUCUUCCAAAGACAUACAAUUCCCGAUAGAAGUAGGUUUUUUCAACAACGCUGGCAGAGCAACGAAAAAAUCUAAACACAGAAGAAAAGAAGAAGAAGAAGAAGAAGAUAAUCAAUCUGAUCUUCUAGGGUUUCUCCGGAACUACAGAAUAACUACUUUCAUGGUUACCAAAUACCCGAAAUAUCUGAGUAUUGGUAAUAGUACUGAAAAUCGAGUUGGGCGAUUAGUUAAUUAAAGAAGAUGAUGAUGAGAUCCAGAAUUUCGAAAUUAUUCGGUUUUCUGGUUAUCUUCUCAUCAUUAUUUCAACUUGGAAUUACUGCUGCUAAUACUGGAUCUACAAAGCCACAAGCUUAUGUAACUCUUCUAUAUGGAGAUGAGUUUUUACUUGGUGUUCGUGUUCUUGGGAAAUCUAUUCGUGAUACUGGAUCCAAAAAAGAUAUGGUAGUUUUAGUCUCUGAUGGGGUCUCUGAUUAUGCUAAGGAUCUCCUUCAGGCUGAUGGUUGGAUUGUGGAGGUAAUAAGUUUGUUGGCUAACCCCAACCAAGUACGGCCUAAAAGGUUUUGGGGAGUGUAUACAAAACUAAAAAUAUUUAACAUGACAAAGUAUAGCAAAGUGGUGUAUCUUGAUGCAGAUACUAUUGUGGUCAAGAGUAUCGAGGAUCUUUUUAAAUGUCAGAAGUUUUGUGCAAAUUUGAAGCAUUCGGAGAGGAUGAAUUCAGGAGUCAUGGUUGUGGAGCCAUCUGAUAAAAUUUUCAAGGAUAUGAUGAGCAAAAUUACCACAUUGCAUUCAUAUACAGGAGGAGAUCAAGGGUUUUUGAACUCGUAUUUCACUGGAUUUGCCAAUGCACAUGUUUUUGAACCGAACUUAUCGCCAGAGGUGAUGAAAUCUAGGCCAGUGCCUGACAUGGAGCGACUAUCUACCUUAUAUAAUGCAGAUGUUGGUCUCUACAUGCUGGCUAAUAAGUGGAUGGUAGAAGAAAAAGAACUCCGUGUUAUCCACUACACGCUUGGUCCCCUUAAACCUUGGGAUUGGUGGACGUCAUGGCUUUUAAAACCGGUUGAUGUCUGGCAGAAUGUUCGGGAACAGCUCCAGGAAACACUUCCAGGAACAGGAGGUGGCAGCAACCCUAAUGAUGACCGCGUUGUCAAAUUUCUUUUUCUGCUUCCUUUACUUGCUCUUGUUUUCUGCUUCUAUCGGUCUUUCACUAAGAUGCAAAAGGACUUUUUUGUUUCUACCAACUCGUUGUGUGACAAUAUUAGACAUGUCUACUAUAGAUUCAGAUCUGGUGGCGGUCUUGCUUAUUCUGCUGUUGGUGUUUCUCCCACAUCUAUAAUUAGCUCCAAGGAACAGUUUCCUAUUGGGUCGCACCCGCCUGCUUAUUUGGGGGGACUGUCUAUAUUGGUUUGCUUCACGGCUGCUCUAGUGUCACUUGGACUUGCAUUUUCACUUGUUCCUCGGCAAGUGAUGCCGUGGACAGGUUUGUUGCUGGUGUAUGAGUGGACGUUCACAAUAUUCUUUGUAACAUUUGGAGGAUAUCUUCAUCUAAUUUAUAAGUGGGGGAAAUCAGCAUCAGCUCAUGCAGGAGCUCUUUCUACCAACUCUGAGUCUUUCGCUUAUGAAGCUGGUAAAGGUCAUCAACGACAUGUUUCUGCCUGUGAUGCUGCCUCGUGGUACUAUGGGUUAGGGAUGGCAUUCCUAGCAGUUACUGCUCCUUCAUUGCCAUGCCUAUUUGGGAUAACUGCACUUUUUCCAAGGUUGGGAUUAAUGGUUGCUGGUGGAAUCAUUUUGGCCUCUUUUAUGACAUACUCCUCAGAGCACCUGGCAAUCAGAGCAUUUUUGAGGGGCUGGGAAGAGCGUGAUGCUCCUCGGACAAGAAGUUUUUGUUUAAUAUGUUAAGUGUACAAACUAAGAAAUGAUGGUCGCUGUGUUGAUUUUUUGUAAUCUAUCUUAAUGUUUUUGUUUUCUUAGUUUCACUUUUGUAAAAUAUUACAGGCCUUUUAGGAAGUUUUUUAUAACUUCCCUAGAUAUUGCUUUAGGCUAACAACUGAGAUCAUUCUCUAGUUUGUAAUUUUUCUAAUCCAAAAUUCCUGCCUUCCUAUUUGUGAAGUGAAAGAGUAUCAAUUCGUUGAA